UCCGCAAUAGCGUGCUAUUCGUUCGUCCAUUCGCGGGAGUUUAUAACCAAUAUAACCUCUCAUCUGGCUGUUCGAAUUAAUUUACACUUUCAUAACUAUUUUCAACUUUUUUCGAUAAAACGAUCGUUUAUUUCGUUGUAAAGAAUACUUUUUUAAAUUUCUAUACUCAAACAUUCGAUGACAUAAUUCUAAAGUAUUUUUUAUCGAAAAUGGAGUGAUUACACGAGUACGAAGCGCCGGUCAAAACAAACGUCAUUCAUCACAUACUCGGAAAAAUAAAUUGAAAUAAAAUGUUGAAAAUAACGUCUCUCGGAGACUUUGAUAGUCCACCUUUGAAUGACGAAGCCACCGUGGGCUUGAUAGCUUCCAAACCACUUUUUUGUGAUAAAAAUCGUCUCCAUGAAGAAACUCAACCAUUUGCCAUGUAUACUCGGGACUAUCCCGAUGUCAAUAUAACUACCGAAAUGCUUGCUACUCGAGAAUCAUCUAGGACCAUUGGAGCGAGCGAUCUUUUUCUUCCUGUUGAAGAUAGUGCAUUCAAAAAAAUCGCUAGUAUUUGGAGAGACAAAGGAUUUUUAGAAGCUUGUCGAGCCGCUGCGGUCGAAGAUCCUCAACAAAUCUCAAAAAUUGUUCAUUGGCUUGCUACAAGAGUUACUUGGAUGCUGGAUCUCGUUGAACGAAGAACUUCCCUCUACGAAGCUUUGCCCCUUCUUGGUUCUGGUUCUGUUGCUGAUAUUGCAGCCACGAGAGACUGGACGACUGCGCUCGUACGGUGUUUGGCAUGGCAUCCCCAUUGUACUCGUUUGGCGGUCGCUACGAGGGACGAUCGGAUACGAAUUUUUUCCAAAGGAAUCCAAAGUGUCGCAGUUUUGAGACACAGCGGUCAAAAAUCAGUAUGCGCAAUGAAUUGGCGACCGAACGCAGGUCGCGAGCUAGCCGCGGCUUGUCACGGUGGCGUUCUUGUUUGGACAAUUGAAUUGGGCGCAGCGAGUAAUUCUUUAAGUCAUGCGACCUUCCUCAAGCAUAGAAACCAUGCUCCGGUCACUUCGGUAGCUUGGCAUCCCCAGGGAGAUAUCCUCGUUUCUUGCUCGCCUUCCGAUCUCAAUAUGAUCGUGUGGGACGUCGCUAAAGAAAUUGGAGUACCUUUGAAACGCGUUGGCGGCGGGGGCUUGUGUUUCGCUCGAUGGUCACCUUGCGGGAUGAAACUACUCGCUGCUACUUGUCGCACAGUUUUCCGCGUUUGGAACAUCGGGAUCGGAGGCCCUUGGGAUGCUGAUCGAUGGACCGUCCCAAAUGGCCGUGUCGCCGCCGCGUGUUUCGGUCCAAAUCAAAUGCUUCUUUUUGUAUCGACCGAAGAUCCGGCCACGGUGUUUUCCCUUCCAUUACAAGAGAAUAUAUUCGAUGUCAAAAAAACUGCUUCCAUUGACGGAGCGAAAAUGGCGUAUCCCGUUAUCGACUUGAACAGAGUGACAUUCGACACAAACCUACUCAUCAAUGAAGAUGUCACGGUCGGUGGCCGCGUCACUUCGAUGGAUUGGGAUCCUUCGGGCAAAUAUCUCGCGAUUCUCUUUCAGGAUUGUCCGUACGUGGCCAUAUUCAUGACAAACAUCGAGCCGAAUUCCCGGUUAACGGAAAUAAAGCCGGGCUGUCUGGUGAAAGGUUUUCAGCACGAGGUACCGAAUUGUAUGCAAUUUCAUCAGAAUUACGACUCGAAGUUGGCAGCAACGUGUUUGACGAUCGCGUGGAGCAGCGGCCGGGUCCAGCAAUUUCCGAUCGUCGGCAAAGGCGAAAUACCGAGUGACUAUUCGAGGUCUUUGGGAACAAUUGCGAGUCCUUUCGCACGGAGAAAUGAUUUGCACAACACGAGCGUCAGUAACUACCGCUCGUAUCGAUAGAUGAAUGAUAGAAAGACGAAAGAAAAGAAUAUAAAUAAUCCGAGUCUUUCUGGAAAGACCAUUUGUCGAAACAUUUCUACAAUAAUUUUGUGAUAAGCUAAAUUUUCACUGUCCACGAUUAGGACCGUUUCUCUACCUAAAGAAAAAUCAUUAUUUCCUAAGGGAUGUUUAUUACUGAAAAAUACACGAUUAACAAGGAA